AAGGUAUACAAAUUGGUCUAUGUCCUUACUUUCAGGCAAAAUGAAUAUCUUACUUGGAAAUUGUGUGGGCAGUUGUGACCAAUUGGCUGGUCCGCCACCAGAUUUUAUACUCUCAAUGCCGCCGCCGCCGCUGCCAUCGUUCCUGAUAUCAAAACCGAAGAGCAUUGAUAUAUUGUUGCCAUCGAAUGAGUCUCAGCCGUGUUUUGCAGCCUUUAUGUGUGGCCAAAACCAGCAUAAUGAUAGCGGCAAUGAGCUGAUGGAGCUGGUACGCAGCGAUACAAAGAGUUUGGAAAAUGUUUGGUUUUUCGUCUCGUCGUGCAUUGGCAUAUUUGUGCUUGCCUGUUUCCUGGCAUUGAUUGUCAUCAGAUGCAAAGACACCUUUUUCUCGUAUCAUGAUGCGAAUAUCAAGCAAAACGCAAUCAAUGCCCUGGGUGAAGCAACCAAAUCGAAUGCCUUCACCUCGGGGGGAAUACUCUAUCCAUGCGCCACAGCAAACAGUCGGGAUCUUUUGCAGAGUCAGCUGGUGAAUGAUAGCCGCCUGCUGUGGGCCACCUUAACGCCACACGGCACCAGGCAUUUCAUAAUUGAGAACUCUCAGGAUGGCCACUACGAGUCCGUUGAUUAUCGCGGCAAGGCGCACAAUCAGGUGUUCCGCGGCUAUGCCAAGCAGUCGCAAUCCUUUGUCAAGUCCUUCGAUAACAAUGGCUUUGUUGAUUACGAUUAUGAGGAUCCGACACCCCUAAUGGACUCCUACCAUGACGAUAUGGACUCGGGCUACCAAGAGCCCCAUGAAGUGACCGGCUCGCUUCGACGCUCCCCAUUGCGAGCACUCGCAUCGUCACCCACAGCGAAUGAUAUAUCAAAUAUAACAUCAACAAAUCAUAAUCCCAACAAUCUGGGGCCGAGCAUCCAUUCGAGUCAGGCUGCCAAUACGCUCUCCAUCAGCCGUAAGACAACGCUGUCGCGGCGCAUUAGCGAUGCCUCCUCCCAUAAUGGAACCUCUAUGUAAUGUUUGGUGCUCGUAGUCGCCUCGCCUAGUGUUACGCGCAAUCAAGUUUUUUGUAAAUUAAACAUGGAUUAAUUGAGCAAACGGGAAUCAGGAAAAAUUUGCGUGCAGGAGAAAGCUGAAGAUGCGUUGAAAUGCCUGUCGUCCAUAAAAAAACGAAAAAAAAAAAAAACUAAUAAACUAUUCAUACAGUAUUUAUAUACAGAAAUGUAUGUCCGCCUAGUCUAAGCAAAGUACUUAGUAAUACGUCAGAUACACAUAGAACUCGAUAUGUUGCAUAAGCUGCUAAACACAAUUAUUGAAUCGCUAAAUAGUAAAUAAAUAAUAUGCAUUUUAGCUGCCAACUCGCAAUAUCGCCAGCUGCAACAUAAUAUUAUACAUAUAUUGUAUACUUUACAGCUGACAGUAUACACAAUCCUACAAUACUAUCCUAUCAUAAUACACUUAUAAUUAUUUAUAUUUUAUGAAUUUAAGCAUAUAAAUAUACAUAUUUUAAACUAAUAUACGUACAAUAUUAAGUGAAAA